AUGACGGGUGUUGACUCUCUGCUCGCUUUAGAAGGGGCAGAAAGUUACCUUCGCAAGGCGACUCCUGAGGGUCAUAGUGUACUGGAACAUGUGUCAGAGGUGUUAUCUACGUUGCUAGCCCAAAGGCCUCCCGACCCGUACGACGCGUUCGAAUUGAUUUCUGAGUCUGUCAAACAGCAGAGAGAUGUCAAGCAACAGCAAGUGGAUAAGCCGAGUACGGCAUUUGCAGAAAUGCCACUCUCGGAAGCGCAGUCCACCUGGCUGAUGCUGGCACGGAAAACCUUAAGAAUUGCAGCUCCUCAAGACGACCAGCGCGAUAAAGGGUUUGCGUACGCGCCGGAUUUCUUGCUAGAGAAUCAACUGCUACACUGGGCUGGGUAUGGUUUCUCUGAACGGGAGGCAUUCCGAAUUUCGUGUUCUAUAAAACGCCUAGCGAGUGACACACCCGGGCUUGUAAGCAUCCGCUUUUGGGGGAAGAUUUUGGGAAUUGAAAACGACUAUUGGAUCGCUGAAGGACAACUAGAGGGGGAGGAGGCAGCACGGGGAACAGGUGAGGGGGACGACGAGGAAGCAGACCCUCGUGGCCUUGGCGCCAACAAGCACACGUACUGGGUCCUUCGAGACUCGGCGGGGACUGGGGAAUGGGAGAUGCUUCCUGAUUUACUGCCAUCUCAUAUUCGGACGGCUCGACGAUGCAAGAAACUGUUCACCGGCGACCUCGACCGUCCGGUUAUCACCUUUCCCUGGUUCGCGGGGACGGAGCGUCAUCUGCUCAGAGCAACAAUCGCGCAGAUCAGUUCAGAUACAGUAAUUUGCCCGGCUGGUCUGUGGAGGCCCAAGGAAGAGGAACCUAACCAGAUCGAAGAGGACCCAGAGUUCGAGUUUCCGCCCACACAAGAGCUGCUUUCUCUGGAUUCCUGGACACACUCAAGAGAGUUCAUCAACGAAGGAGGACUAACAAUGUUUCCUGAGGUGGAUGAAGAUACUGACGAAGAGCUCUAUGCAGAAAUCCAAGCCAAGAUGGAACAGGAUCCCAUUCUCGACGCAACCCGUCCGAUUACAGAGGAUCCAGAACUGCCAGGAGGCCAGACAGCGUGGUUGUGCAAGCUCGCAGGAGACUGUGCUAAUUACGGGACGGACGGUGUAUCUUACGCCGUCGUUGUGAUGAAAAGUAUGCGGUGGCCAGGCGCGGUCACCGUCUACCAGAACAAGAAGUUUACAAACGUGUAUGUAGGCUACGGCAUCAAGGCCUGGCUAAACCCGUUUUUCCCUGUUGCCCCAGAUGAUGUGCAGGAAGAUCCGGAGGAUCUUGAGGAACAGCCCGAGCCACAGCCCCAGGACGAUGAACUCUCUGACGGGGCGAGUCAAGAAAACGAUGAAGCAAAUGAAGAAGACGAUGACAAAGAGGAGGAUGAUUGA